GAGUUUCCUUCCUCCCCACCUUCCUUUUCUUUCCCACACCGGUUUUCUAUCUUCCGACUUACUUUUGAUUCUCUUCUUUGUAUUCAUUCUUUGAUCAUCCCGGCCGCCAUUUCCAAGACCCUGCCCCCUGUUUUGAAAUCAAGAGCACAGAAAAGGUCAGAGCGGCGACCAGAAUCACCUUUCUCCCCAUUUCCCCCGGAACCAGUUUCGGGGGUUUUAGUUGAGAGAUAUAACAGCAACGAAUACUGAAUCUCUUCCUUCCUAACCCCCCCAAAUUCACCUCAUCGCUCGCCGUUUUGAUCAUUUCCCGUUUUCUUGAUCUUAUCUUUCGUCGUGAAUGGCGGAGUCAGUGAUGGAUAACAAGAGCAAGACCGAGGGUGGUAGCCGGCGCCUGUGGGCGGUUUUCUUUGCUAUAACUGCUCUGAUCAUCGCUCUGGCCGCUGCUUCCACCGCCUCUCCCAAGAUCUCUCUCUUCGGUAAAGUCAAUAAGCUCUGCAGCUGCUCCCAGCAGCAGAAAUAUACUGGGAUUGUGGAAGAUUGCUGUUGCAACUACGAGACGGCUAACCUUUUGAACGAGGAAGUAUUGUAUCCGUCUCUCCAGGAGCUUGUGAAAACCCCAUUCUUCCGUUAUUUCAAGGUGAAAUUAUGGUGUGACUGUCCUUUCUGGCCGGAUGAUGGCAUGUGCAAAUUGAGGGAUUGCAGUGUCUGUGAAUGUCCGGAUAAUGAGUUCCCUGAGUUGUUUAAGAGGCCUUUCCGCCGUGGUCUGCCCUCAGAUGCGCCUAUUUGUCAAGAAGGCAAGCCGGAGGCUGCCGUCGAUCGCACCCUUGAUCAUAGAGCUUUUAGGGGUUGGACAGUGACUGAUAACCCAUGGACAAAUGAUGAUGAGACUAACAAUGAUGAGAUGACGUAUGUGAAUCUGCAACUGAAUCCUGAACGCUAUACUGGAUACACUGGUCCAUCAGCUAGAAGGAUAUGGGAUGCUGUUUACUCUGAGAACUGUCCCAAGUAUCCAUCUGAAGAGCUUUGCCAAGAGGAGAGAUUGUUAUAUAAAUUGAUUUCAGGUCUCCACUCGUCCAUUUCUAUCCAUAUCGCAGCUGACUACCUGCUUGAUGAAGAUACAAACUCGUGGGGUGAAAAUCUAACUUUGAUGUACGAUAGAGUUUUGAGAUAUCCAGAACGUGUUAGGAACUUAUACUUUACCUACCUCUUUGUUCUGCGAGCUGUCACAAAGACAGCGACUUACUUGGAACAAGCCGAGUAUAACACUGGUAAUCCUACGGAAGACCUGAAGGCUCAUUCCUUGAUCAGACAGCUACUCUAUAAUCCAAAACUUCAAGCCGCUUGCCCGCUUCCAUUUGAUGAAGCUAAACUUUGGAAGGGUCAACGAGGACCUGAACUUAAACAGAAAACACAAGAACAGUUCAGAAACAUAAGUGCACUGAUGGACUGUGUAGGCUGUGAGAAAUGCAGACUUUGGGGAAAGCUCCAGGUUCUUGGCCUAGGUACUGCAUUGAAGAUAUUGUUCUCUCAAAACGGGGAAGACAAAAUAGUCCAAACAUUGCAGUUACAGAGGAAUGAAGUAAUUGCAUUGAUCAAUCUUCUAAAUCGGCUGUCAGAAUCUGUUAAAUUUGUCCACGAAAAGGGUGCUGCGGUUGAAAGGAUCAUGGAAAGGCAGAGUGGUUUGUUCCCCUUCGCAAGUAUCCUCUUGCAAAAAGUUUGGCCUUUUAGUUCAAGCCUGCUAAGCUAGUUGAAAAUCAGUGGCAUGUUCCAGAUCAUGGUGACAACGUAUGGUUGGCUGAGGACUUGGUUUCAGUAAACCUCUUCACUGUUGGUAGAUUACAGACAGAAUUUUGGAUAUCGACACAGACUUCGUAUAGAGAAAGGAAAGAAAAUUGUAGAGAUGAGUCAUGUAUCUGUGUUAUAUGUACAUUGACAAUAGAUAAGAUGUAACAACAGCAGACAAUUUUCUCUGGAAAUUAGAAAGAGUUGCACAAGGCCUGAACUUCCCUCUUUAAUUAGGUU